UCGUUUCAUCGACGAACCCAACAAUCAGGUUCCACGACGACCCUUUCGAUCGGCUGUGGGAAACCGUCGACGUUUCCUCCUACUGGACCGCGAUCAACACCACCUCUCCCGUCCAGAUCUUCGCCAAUGUUUUGUUCGAGGUUCCCUCCGCCGUGCUCCAGACCGCCGUCGCCCCAGUUCAGCUGGAAGACGCCCAAAUCUGAGGAUGCCUGCCCCCAGCACCGCAUCUUUAUGCACUUCCCCGACCUCCAAUCCCUUGACCCAGGCUAGUCCAGAAACUUCAACAUCAACCUCAACCUCAACGGCCAAUUCUACCACCCCCCCGCACUCUUCCCCCUGAGACCUCUAAUCGGGAUAUGUGUACGCCACGAGACCGUCUGAUACGGACCAUAACUUCUCCCUCGCCGAGACAGACUCUUCGACCCUUCCGCGCAUCAUCAAUGCGCUCGAGGUCUAUUCCGUCAGGCAGCUCACGGAGAGCGCCACCGAUAGCUCCGACGAAACGAAAUUGGACGUAUCCCUCAUUUUUGUGACAUCAGUGGAUGCCAUUGAGGCAAUCAAGAAGCAGUAUAAAGUGAACAGAAAUUGGACGUGGUCGGGUGAUCCAUGCGCUCCAGGAGGGCAUACAUGGGAUGGUUUGGAUUGCAGCUAUAGUAUUUCUGAUCCCCCUGGGAUUACAUCAGUGAGAGUUUCCAAACGUCUAGACCAAGAUUUUUCCAACUUAAUAUGCUUAUUUAACAUCCUCAUGGACUCGUGUAUUGCAGAAACUCGUCUUGUAGUGGAUUGACGGGCAGUAUAUGUCAUUCCUUUGCUAACAUCAAAGCAAUCGAGUAUUGGGGUCUUGCCGAAGGUUAAUUUUGGCCUGGGAAUCAGGAUCUCCUAUAAUUUUAAUAGGUACGAAUUCUCAACCAACUGUUAUUUGUCUACGAGGACUGACUUUUAAAUCCCAAAUAAAAAUGCUAAAUUAGUAGAAACAUGCCUACAAACUUUGAGGAGUGAGACUGAAGGUUUUUUUAUGUGGAGCAGAACUCUGCAGUAGAAUUUCUUGAUAGACAUCCUUUUCUCUUCAGCUAGGUUUCAUGCAUUACACAGUCUACCAAGUUGACUAUCUUAUGUCCUUUGCUCUCACGUAGCUGGGUCUCCUUUCCCAUGUUACUGAUUUAAACGGUGGUUAUUGUUUUGAUCUGGUUCCAAAGGUCUUCCAUACAGGCUACGAAAUCCAUCAGCUUUUCCUGUCUAGUUGUUGCUUUAAGAAUGCUGUCAGGUCAAUGAACGAAAGUAUUUUAAGCAAUGGAACUUUCCCAUGAUGACCUAUCCCCAUAUCCUUAUAAAUGAACUGCUCCCGUUGAGCUCAUUGAGAAAAAGCUUUGGCAGGUGGUGAUUUUGUAUGAUAAUUUGGAAGGUCAUGGCUGUCUGAUGACAAUUUCCAGGGACCUGUCAUACAACAACUUCACAGGGCCAGUACCUGACAUUUUAGCAGAGCUUCCUUUCCUCGAAGUCCUAAAUUUGUCAAGCAACCAGUUAAUUGGGUCAAUUCCUUCUGCUUUCCUUGUAAAAUCACAAAAUGGACUUACAGCUCAGCACUUAGCAAGGGUUCAUCACCAGAAUUUGGUUUCUAUGAUUGGUUGCUGCAAUGACAAAGACUGUCUGUUACUUGUUUAUGAAUAUAUGUCUCAAGGGACCCUACAUGAUCAUCUGCAAGGCAGAACACAUAAUGCUGGAGCUUUGAGUCGGGGGCAGCGACUCCAGAUUGCAGUCGAUGCUACACAAGGACCAGAGUAUAUUUGCAUAAGGGGUGCCAACCACCAUUAAUUCACAGAGAUGCGAAGACAGGGAAUAUCCUUUUGAGUGAAAGGAUGGAGGCCAAGAUAGCAGAAGAUUUUGGGUUGUCAAAGAUACCUUGAUCCUGAUUAUGUCAAUCUUCUCAUUUCUUUAAUUUUUCUGCUAGAGAGUUGAAACAUACAUAACUAAGUUGAUAGAUGGUGGUCAAGAAGAUAAACAAUGGCCAUUCGUAAACCACACAUUUGAAAGUAAAUUGUUAUUUUCAUGUUAUCAUUUAUUUUGUGCAUUAUGCAUAGACAUCUUAGGUUAAACAUACAUCACAAAGGAGAGAAAAUUAAUUUGCUGAUAUGCAUUUCAUCAUUAGAAGUUUCUAUUGCUGCUGUUAUCAUUUCUUUUGCUGUUUGUGUUUAUACCUUCUGCAAAUGAGACGGUUGAUCACAUCUGGCAGGUCUCCUAGGAUUGUUGUAUUACAGCAGGUGGUACUACACCACCUACCAGCUCAGUCAGAAAAGCGAUGUGUAUAGCUUUGGUGUGGUUCUUUUGGAGCUGAUCACAGAGCAGCCUCCACUCCUACAAGGUUCAAAGAAUGCACACAUUGAGUCCGCCAAGGACUUGUCCAAGGGAACAUUGAAGAUAUUGUUGAUGCCAAGCUGCAAGGCCAAUACGACAUAAAUUCUGUUUGGAAAUGUGCUAAUAUAGCCAUGAAAUGCACAUCACAGGGAUCCCAUCAGAGGCCAACCAUGGCAGAAGUGUAAUGCAGCUAAAGGAGACCUUGGAACUGGAAACCCCUCAUGACAGGCCUGAGAACGUAGGCGCAAGCAGUGAGUACCCUAACAUGGAAGCCAGUGAUGUGAGCCAGAAUAGUGCAUAUGUCGCAUCCGUCCAUCAGCACGGUAAUGCUGGGAUCACUUGAACUUUACUCUUGAGGCUCUAUUCUAUUCCGAUCCUAGGAGUUUGAAAUGGUUUCUGGCUGAAGUUUGAAUUGUUUAGCUUCAUGCAUGUCUUAUGCACUUUGAUGAUUGAUUCGGAAAAUAAGUUUCUGAGAUCCAAAAAUAAGACACUCCAUUUGUAUACUGAGGACAGCAAAUACUGGUUUCAAUACAAACUGAAAUAUUUCUGAUGCUUGA